GUCGUAGGUGUGUGCGUGUGCUGUCAACGAGAGAGGAGGCACUGACUGAGCUAAAGCUCGCAUUUAAGACAAGAUGACAGGACUGCCCCGCAGGAUUAUAAAGGAAACUCAGCGCUUGUUUGCAGAGCCUGUUCCAGGUAUCCAGGCAGAGCCAGAUGAGAGCAACGCUCGCUAUUUUCAUGUGGUGAUUUCUGGGCCCCAAGACUCACCUUUUGAGGGGGGUACAUUUAAACUAGAACUCUUUUUACCUGAGGAAUAUCCGAUGGCAGCACCUAAAGUGCGCUUCAUGACUAAAAUAUAUCAUCCCAAUGUAGACAAACUGGGAAGAAUAUGUCUAGACAUUCUGAAAGAUAAAUGGUCACCAGCUCUGCAGAUCCGCACAGUGCUUCUGUCAAUCCAGGCUUUACUAAGUGCGCCAAACCCAGAUGAUCCCUUAGCAAAUGAUGUUGCAGAGAAGUGGAAGACCAAUGAAGCUGAAGCUAUAGAGACAGCGAAGUCAUGGACCAGACUUUAUGCAGGAAACAAAUGAAGCGACGAGCAGCCUGUCAAGUGAAGACACAGACGGAAGUCAAGUCUGAACACAAGUCCUCCUGUUCUGCCAAUACCUCUUUUAUUUGUAUUUGAAGGACACAGUCAAAUUAAAAACAUAUACAUGCACACACAAGCCCACAUAUGCUAUAAAUAAACAUGAAUAUAAUGAAAAGGGAAAAACUGCUGACAAUUAGUAAAUGCAUUAUAGUAAAAUGACUCAUCUUUGUCCUAAUUAACUCACCACUGUUUGCUCAGAGGUUUAGGUCUGUCACCUGGCUUUCUUCGCACGUCAAUAGUCGGUCAACUGCUGCUUUUUUUAGCUUUUGAAGAGGGAAAAACUUGCAUCCCACAUCUUUACUGAGGGCGGACAGAGCAGUGGAAUGUGGUGAGGAAAUAACUAGCUGUGGCCAGUAAGAUAUGUUUAUGUUUAUUUUAACUUUGUUUUCCUUUGUCACUGUUAAUUAAAAGCAAAUAACAACGACUAAUAGUUAUUGCCUCUGUAGUGUAGUGUAACGCCAACCUGGAAAUGCAGUGUUGGUCUGGCCAAUCACAAAACAGCUCUACUUAUUUAACUCACAGAUAAUAGGACUGACAGCCAAAACAGAGCCUUUUACUGUUACACAUCACAUACAUCACCAUCACUUUUAAACCACUUCUAGCCAGAACUGUGUUAUAUGCUUGUCAAUACUGUGGGGAGUUAAGAUGGACAUUAUGGCCCUUGACUUAGUUUGACCUUUUUGUUUGUUUGUGUGUUUAAUUUUAGAAUAUCAAGUCCUGUUGUAUUUUUUUCUCCGUGCAGUCAUACUAAACUCCUCUCAGCCUUUUUUUUUCUUGUGCAUUGUCAGUCUGACACGACAAGACUCAGUUGUGUAUGACCUUCCUCCCAGUGGGAUUUACACCACCAAGCAGGGGUUCUAUUUGAGUUUUCACCUUAUUUAGUAAUAAGUCAGGAUUGGAAUGGCAUAUGUGAUUCUGGGGUGUGGUGUGAUCAUUGUCCUCAAUUUAGGUCGGUGUAUGAUUUGACACCUGACGUUUAUGGCCGCAAAGUCAAGUUACCUGUAAAUGUAUUAUUUUUUUGUGAUCAUCUAGGGAGGAAUAUUUUUCCUGUUCUGAGAAUGAAGGAAAACGAUCAUCUGCAUACAUUUCAGUUCUGUAAAUAAAAUCAGUUAGUUAUUAAACACUU